AGGGUAUGACUUCCUGGAGACAAAGAUAAGGGGAGAAGAUUCCGCUCUCUCGCGUUUUUGCACCCCCAAGAGGGGGAUGACAUCCACUCCUACCAGGAAUGAGGAGAAAAAGGGCAGCCGGCUGUCCCAAGCAGCGACCUCUACAGCCUCAUUGAGUGGAGGUCUGAAGCUUUCCCGUUCUGAAGAAUUCCUGACACGGAUCAGCACAGAACUCACAGACGAGGCCUUGUUCAUAGCUGCCUACAACACAAACCCUGUGUCCACCAAGGAAAAACAGAUGGAAGACCGAGGGACUCAGAUAUCCAAACAUGCAUUCUUCACCAAGACCCCAGGCACUGAUACCCGGUCUGAUAGAAACGGUACCUGCACCAAGGCACACUGCCUGCCAUCCCCUUGCGAGGAGGGAGCUCUGCCUAGCAGCUUGACAUCUGGAGGAUAAUCCCAACUCCCUUUGGUGCUGCUUUUGGUCUCUCGUGCCCUCCCCCGUUGUCCCUCUAGAACUUGUGGCAAAGCUCCUCUUUCCCAGCUCAUUCAAUCGUUCCAUUUUGGAGAAACUCCUGGUCAUGAGCGCUACCCCUGAAGCCUCCAAAGUGUUCUGGAACCAUCGCACACCUCCCCACCUUCAGCUGGCAAGGACACCACCAGAAGUCAAAAGUUUUAAUAAAGAAACAGAGACCCUUCUCUCCUCCCAGCCAGGACAGUGCUCUCGUGUGGCUUCUCUGGGGUGAGGUGGGAGGAGUGCCCCCCGCCUUUUGGCCGGAGGUGUGGGCAUAUUAUUGGAAUGGCAUAUUCCAUAUUGUUGAAAUGGCUUUCACAUAGGCAAUUAUGCACGUAUCAGCCAUCAGCCUGUUGGCAGAGAUGAGUUCGUGGGUCCAGAACCAGCCUCCCAGCCAGGCUUCAGCACCUUAAGGUCUAGGCCUGUGGCAUCUGAGAGGGUCCAGCCUGACUUCUGAGGAGCCACCUCUGCCACCAAUGUCAGUGUUGAGGUCUCCAUGCUUUGGGGCCUCAUGGCUAUAGGAACAUUUCGUGCCCAUUACUAGGCAGAAGGCUGUGCCAUAGGCUUUGUGGAGUUUGAUUUUUUAUUUAUUUUUUUGCCUUUUAGGGCCACACCUGUGGCAUA